AUGAAGGCAUAUAAUAAACAACAAGAUGAAAUUGCUCACAUUAAAAAAUUUAUCGCCUCAGCUGGUACAUAUGCUAAUCUGGUCAGACAAGCUAAAAGUAAGCAAAAAAUCAUAGAUAAAAUGGAAGCUGCAGGAUUGAUUGAAAAGGUGAAUCCCCCUAUAACUUUUAAAUUUAAAUUUGGUAAUCCUGCUAAACUUCCUCCGCCCGUUUUGCAAUUUGACCAAGUUUGUUUCUCUUACUCUGGGAAAACUUCAAGUAAAGAUCUUUUGUAUGAGGAUCUUGAUCUUGCUGUUGAUAUGGAUUCUCGUGUAGCAUUGGUUGGACCAAAUGGAGCAGGUAAAAGUACAUUGCUCAAAUUAAUGAUGAAUGAACUUCAACCAGUAAACGGAAGAAUUUCACGUCAUACAAAUUUGAAAUUAGCAAAAUAUAGUCAACAUAGUGCCGAUCAACUUGAAAUGGACAUUAGUCCAAUAGAAUAUAUGAGAAAAAAAUUCUCUCAGAUGGAAGGUGAUAUAGAUUUUUGGAGAAAUCAAAUUGGAAAAUUUGGGCUUACAGGUUCUCACCAAACAUCAAACAUUAAAACAUUAAGUGACGGAUUAAAAUCUCGUCUUGUUUUUGCAGAAUUAGUAUUGUCCAAUCCAGAUAUAGUACUUAUGGACGAACCGACGAAUCAUUUGGAUAUGGAAAGCAUUGAUUCACUUGCAAAAGCAAUUAAAGACUUUAGUGGAGGCGUAGUUUUAGUGUCUCACGAUUUUCGAUUAAUUUCACAAGUUGCACAAGAGAUUUGGUUAUGUAAAGAUCGUACGGUGACGCCAUGGAAAGGAUCUAUUGAAGAUUAUAAGAAGUAUCUUGCCAAAAGUAGCAAUGACAAAUUACCACCGACUCAUGAUAUUGAACGUGCAACGCGAGAACAAGAAGCUUUUCGAUCUAAAGAAAAGAUUGUAGAAGUUACUGGGGCACUUGGUGAAGGAAAAUUACCUACAACUUCACAAAUAAGCACUGCAAUUGAUGAAAUUCAUCAAUCAGAAAUACUACACGACGCAGCACGUGGUAUGUCAGUGUUGGGUAAAAAAAUAUCGGCAGAUUUGGAAAAUUUUUUAGAAGCUUUGAAAAUAUUCUUGAAAGAAAAAAAUCGCGGGGAUGAAAUACAAAAUUUAGUUUAUAAUAGUAGUCGAGCAAUUAAUGAUAAUUUACCAUCCGGUGAAGAGAUUAAACAGGAAAUAAGUGAUAUAGCAACUACUAGUAAACCUUUACUUAGCGAAGGAGUAGAAAAGACGUUAAAUAUAUCACGAUUGUUAAUUUCAAGUUCAGAAUUUCGUAAAUUGGUUAAUGAUAUUAGCACAAUCGCUCAAGACAUAAUAGCCUAUGCAGUAAAUGAAGAACCAAAUCAAAAUAAUGAUAAUUAUGAUAAAGAGAAAGGAAUUGAUGAAGCGAUUACUGAAAUAGGUCAAAAAGCACGUGAACAAGUAUACCCUACUGUAAAAACAACAGCUAAAAUAACUGAACCUUACAUUAAGGACGCUAGUGAAGGAAAAACCAGUGUACAGGAUUCUGCCAAAGAAGGAUUAAUGGCGAUAACCUCAAAUGUCAAAUCUGUUAUUUCCGGUUAUCAACUUUCACCGAAAGCACGUGAACAGUUAAUUACACGCUUCAAAAAUGUGAUGAUCGAGUUGCAAUACAAACCAGAAUAUCAACAGGCCAUCCAUGAUUUAAUAAAUAUAGUUUCUCAAAUUACCGAGAAAUCAAGUGAAUUUGCCACUCAUGUCGUUCAACCUAUUAUUGAUGCCGCCACUGCUAGCAGCAGCACUUCCAGUAGCGAUGACGAAACUCAUCAUCAACAUCAACCAAGUCGAUCAAGAUCGUCAACACUAACACCGUCAUCAAUUGAAGUGGCAGAACAAAAUGCAAAGGAACUUAUAGAAAGAUUUGCAAAUAAUCGAUCAUUAGACCCAUUAAUUUCAGAAAUACAUGAAUUUGGACAAAAAAUGGAAAACGAUGAUGAUUUGCGCGAGUUUCUUAAAGAGCUUAAACAAUUUGUUCUUUCCUCAUUACUUGAAGCAAAAUUUAUUAAGAAUCCUAAUUAUGUUCGACAAGGAUUCGAGUUGAUUGAAAGAGGACAAAGAAUUUUAUUAGAUCAUUAUGGUGAAUUGACUCGAAAAAUCAUUAAUGAAGUUCUGGAAUUUAACAAAGCGAUGCUGGAGGAUAAAAAGACAUUGAAAUUAAAAAAUGAUAUCAAUAUCUUGAUUGAAGAUUUUUUCUUGAAUGAGUUGGGUCAUUUCACAAUUAAAUUUCAAUUGAUCAAAGAUUUCUCAAUUGUUUUACCUCGUCUUGCUAAAAAAUUGGAAUACAUUCCUUUACCAAGAUAUGAAUGUUUUGAUGAAAAUGUAGAAUUUAUUGCUGCUAAAAAGCUUAGACAAAAUAUAAUUGAAAAUAUACCAAAAAAUAUUUCAAAUGCUAUUGGAAAUGCUGCUUUAUUAAAACAACUUGUUAGUACAGCAAAUAUAUCAACACUUACAAAAAUUGCUGAUAAAUUAUCACUUAAUCAACUUGCUCAAUUAUCAGAACCUGAAAUUAAAAAAUUAAUUGGAACAAAUGAAUCCAAUGAUAAUGAUUUGGUUUCAAUUUCAAAAUCAAUUUUAUCAUUGAAAUCAAAAAUAGGCAUUGAAAUUAAUACUCAUGAAGGUGGUGGAUUGAAACUUGUGAAUGGUAGUACAGCCAUAGAACAUGUAGCUUAUGCUUUAACUAGUUCUAUUUUUAUUUAUCCAGCUACAAGAUCACACUAUCUUGGUGAAUUAAGUUUAUAUUGGUCUUCACAAUCACUCAAUAAUGCAUUUGGGGAAAUUAAUCACGUAAUAAAGGCUGAUACUCGUUUUGGUGCAUCUACCAUGAUUUUUGGUGCUGCAUCAAAUGUUAAGAGAAUUUCAGCAUUUGCAUCAUCUCAAUCUAUCAUCCCUAUGAUACCAAAUUUCUAUGGGAUUGUUGAUGAAAAAAUACCAUUUGUGAUUCAUGUAUCAGCAUUAGAUAAUGAUGAUCAGAUGAAUUAUUAUGUGAAUUAUCAUAAUUUGCUGAUUGCACACGAAACUGGUUUUGGUAUAAUUAAUUCAUAUUCAAUUCAAGAAGCUCAUGAUAUUGCAUUGAUAACUCAUUUGGCAUCAGUUUAUUUAAAAUCACCUUUUCUACAUGUUUUUGAUGGAUUAAAAGUUUUAAAUAAAUCAACAAAAAUAAAUUUAUUAUCAUACUCAAACAUUCUAAGGUUAAAUAAAGAACUAUCAAAUAUGACAGAGAACUUGAAAUCUUUUGAUGAGAAUAAUGAUGAUGAUAAGGUUAAUAUAAUUGAAAUGAUUGCAAAUAAAGUUAGUAAAAAAUCAGCUAAUCAAAAUAAAUAUCAUGCUUUUGAAUAUUUUGGUUCUGAAGAUGCAGAAAAAAUUUUGAUUGUUCUUGGUAGUGAAAUAAAUGCUAUUAAAAAUUUUGUGUCAAGCAUUGAUGGGUAUAAAUCUGGUGCAGUGGUAGUUAGAUUAUACAGACCUUGGUCAGAAAGAAAAUUCUUGGAAAAAAUUCCAAAAACAGUGAAACAGAUUGGUGUAAUGGAACAGGUCAACAAUCAUGUCAAUGACAAUCCUGCUAGUUAUUAUGGUUUAUUUAAUGAUGUUGUAGCAUCUUUUAAUUCUGGGCUUUGGACUGAUAAUCUACCAGCUUUGGUGAAUGUUAAAUUUUCAUCAUUUGAUACUCUUUCUUCAGAAAAUAUUGGAUUUUUAUUUAAUCAAUUGGGAAAGAAAGAUUUUGUUGAUGUUAAUGAAUUUGUAUCUGAAAAAAUAAACAUUUCCUCAAUUUCAAAGGGUGUAAAUCGAUGUAUAUUUUGGGAUUCUGAGUCACAAGAAACCAUCACAGUCAACAAACACAUAGCCAACAUACUUGCAAAUCAUUCAAAUUUAAAUAUUUCUAAUUUAUCUACAUAUGAUAUCUAUAACAAUGGUGGUGUCAUUAAAUCAGAAUUACAAUUCAGUGCUGUUAGUCCUGUUGAUGGAAUUUAUGCUACUGAAGAAAAUGACAUUGACUAUAUUUUCAUAAAUGAUUUUAGUUUAACUAGCAAAUAUAAUAUUUUAAGCUGUAUUAAAAAUGGUGGUGUUGUACUAUUAAAUACAAAGUUGACAGUUGAUGAAUUGGAAACUAAAUUACCUAAUGAUUUUAGAUACGAGGCUGCUAAACAUAACAUUCAACUUUAUCUAAUUGAUUCAGAAAUGAUUAUUCAAGAUUUAGGAUUGAAUUUUGAUGUUGAUUCAAUUAGAUCUCUACCUUUACAGAUUGCAACUAUCAAUUUAAUUAAAAAUGAGUUGAAAUUGGAUUAUAGUUUGGAGAGUUGCAUAGCUGAAUUGUACGAAAUUAGUAAUGGAAGUGAUGAUUGUAAUGAUGAACAUAAAAUUGUAAAUUUGGUUUCUGAAGUAAUUCAAAAAACACAAAAGUCACUUGUAUCCAUUGAAUUACCACCAACAUGGUUGAUUUUAGAAAAAUCUGAUCAAAUAAUGCCAACCACUGUUCAAAAUAACUCACUUGGACCAAAUUUGGAUAAAUCAAUAGUGACUUUAGAAAAAUCAAAGCUAAGCACAUGGCAUUCUAUAGCCUUCAAUCUACUUUUCAAAGAAGCAUAUAAAACUGUUGAGGAAGUUAGACCUGAUAUUUUGGAAAAAACAUAUAUUAUUAAAGUGACUGAAAAUAAAAGGUUGACUCCAUUAGAAUAUGAUCGUUUCUUAUUUCAUAUUGAAUUUGAUAUAUCUGGAACAGGGUUACAAUAUGAACUAGGUGAAGCCCUUGGAGUGUAUGGACAUAAUGAUACAUAUGAAGUUAAUCAUUUCUUGGAAUUUUAUAAAUUAAAUCCAAAUGAUUUUAUCUCUGUUCCAAACAAAGAAUGUGACAAAUAUGAGACCAAGACUAUUUUCCAAAUAUUUUCACAAGUUUUGGACAUAUUUGGCAGACCAACAAAAAAAUUUUAUGAAUCAUUAGCCAUGUAUGCUACUGAUGAAAAUGAAAAAAAUAAAUUGUUGUGGAUUUCUAGUAGUGAGGGAAGUAAUGAGUUUAAACGACGUGUUGAAGACACAAUAACAUAUGCAGAACUGUUAUAUGAAUUUACAUCUGCAAGACCACCAGUUGAAGAACUUAUUCAGCUUAUUGCACCAAUCAAGCCACGCCAUUAUUCCAUAGCUUCAGCACAAAGUGUGCAUCCCAACAGUGUACAUCUACUGGUUGUGACAGUAGAAUGGGCUAAUUCAGCUGGUAAAAAACGAUAUGGACAAUGUACACACUAUCUUUCCAGACUUAAGAUUGGAGAAAGUUUAACUGUUUCAAUAAAACCAUCAGUGAUGAAGCUCCCACCAAGAGAUACACAACCUGUAAUUAUGGCAGGUUUGGGAACUGGUAUGGCACCAUUUAGAGCAUUUAUUGAGGAAAGAGCAUAUCGUCAGUCACAAGGCAUUGAAGUUGGACCAAUGAUUUUAUAUUUUGGUUCACGUCAUCGUUCAAUGGAGUAUCUUUAUGGUGAGGAAUUGGAGGCAUAUCAUGUUGAAGGAUUGCUUACACAUUUACGACUGGCUUUUUCACGUGACCAAAAACACAAAAUAUAUAUCCAACACAAAAUGGAGGAAGAUGGAGAUUUAUUGCACCAAUACUUAUUGAAAGAUGAAGGAUGGUUUUAUUUGUGUGGACCUACAUGGCCAGUGUCAGAUGUUAAAGAUGCUAUUGUAGGUAGCUUUGUUAAAUCAGGAGGAUUGACACUAGGAGAAGCAACCAACUGGGUAAACAAAUUAAAAGAUUUAGAAAGAUACAUUUUAGAAGAAAGGUCAUUAAAAAUUAAACGCAAAGAAAUAAUAUCAUUGUCUUCGCAUUCAUUGACAAUACUACCAACAUCAACACCUAAAGCAAUUCCGAUCAAUUCUAAUAAUCAGCGUGAUGAAAAAUUUGAUAAUAGACGAAAUGAAACUUCUUCAACUACUAAAACAACCCCGGAUAUAACCUCGACAACAAACCCACCUUCUCAUACUAGGCGAUUAAAAAAAUAA